GGGCAGGGAGGAGAAAGAAGGCAUCUGUUUAAAAUCAGGUUAAAUAAAAGGACGCUUGAAACCCAGCGGCAGUCGCCCUGGGAAGCAGCGUAAUUGCAGGUUGGGCCAGCCGCAGCCACCAGUGUCACCCUGGAGACCGGCUGGUAAACUGGUCUCCGAAAAAGGGGAGGCAAGGCUGCUGGGUAAGUAAACAAGUAAAACGAGGUGGACCAGGAAGCUCUACCGUGAGGCCGGCACUGCCCACGGCCCUACGUUGCCUCCCCUCACCAUCCACCUGUGUCGGGGCAGCAGCCUGGGAGCAGCCGCGUUACCACUCCAUACCGGCCCCCGAAAGCUCCCCAGUCCCAGCUGGAAACACCAGGUGCAAGAUAACGUUGCAGAUGGCAGGUACGGAAAGGCAUGACCGAGAGAUGGCAAUCCAGGCCAAAAGAAACCUGUCUAAAACAACUGACCCUGUAGAAAGACUUCGACUGAAAUGCUUAGCAAGGGGAUCUGCAGGCAUCAAAGGACUUGGCAGAGUAUUUCGCAUUUUGGAUGAUGACAACAGCAGGACCCUUGAUUUCAAUGAAUUUGUGAAAGGAUUAAAUGAUUAUGCUAUGAUGAUAGACAAGGAAGAAGCACAAGAGAUCUUCCGGGUAUUUGAUAAAGAUGGCAGUGGAACAAUUGACUUUGAUGAAUUUCUUGUUACACUGAGACCUCCCAUGUCGAAUGCCAGAAAAGAGAUCAUCAUGCAGGUGUUUAGGAAGUUAGAUAGAACUGGAGAUGGUGUCAUCACAAUUGAAGACUUAAAGGGACUGUAUAAUGCAAAGCACCACCCAAAGUACCAAAACGGAGAAUGGACAGAAGAUCAGGUUUUUAAGGCCUUUCUGGAUAAUUUUGAUUCACCCUAUGACAAAGAUGGUAAGGUCACAACAGAAGAAUUCAUGAACUACUAUGCAGGAGUCAGCGCCUCAAUAGACACUGAUGUCUAUUUUAUCGUCAUGAUGAAGAACGCUUGGAAACUCUGAAUGUAAGAUUAAAGGAACUAGACUUUGCUUUCACCUUUUGUAGGUUCCCAUGAUUAAGUGUAUGCACAACAACACGCUCAUUUUCCAUAAUAGCAGCUUCCAGUAACUGUGCCAAUUACAGUCUUACAGUCAAUCUACAGAAAUAAUUCCCAGAUGCUUUGGUAGUCUCAGCCUCAGGGGAUUGGCAGCAUAAUCGGAGAGCAGAUCUGGCAUACAGCCACUCAGCAGAUCUAACCCUUUUCUUCCUGCAUCCCUGACAUGUCUUUUCUUCUCUGAGAUGGGCUGUUCUCUUCUCAGACAUCUGCAGCAGGUCACCGUGACUCUUGAAUGUAUCACCCUCCAGCACUAGAUACAGCUCUGCGGGGCAGAGGACACAAUAGGAGGAAAAUAAAUGUUCAGAAAGGGUGAUGAUCUGGGGCAGGCUGUUAGGAACAUGAGACAGUGCCCCAGGGGUGGGCUGGAGGGUCACAUACAUACCCCUCUCGCCUGCAGCACUGCAGCAUCUCCUGGCUUCUUGUGUCUCACCCGUGGGACGGAGCCACUGCCCAAGUGCUCAGCUUGAUGCUGGGAACACGUGAGUUCCCAGUGCCGGGAGGCUGGAAAGGGAAACAAACCAAGCAGGGAAGGAUGGAUCAAUAUAAAUGCCAAAGACUCUUUAGAGCCCUGUCUUUUCCACAGCUUACAACUCAAAGUAUGUCAGCUUGCAGGCAUCUUUUGUGCGCAUGCUUUGCUUCAAACCUCUGUGGGCCUGCUUAUUGCUUUUCUCCCCACUUUGGUUUCUUUCUUUUUGUACUCUGAAACCAUCUCACUAAUGGUUUUCUUUAAAUGGCAUACGUGUGUUACAGUAUUUUCUUCUCUCUGUUCCUGGAACAUUUACCAGUAGGGUAGCUGUUGUCUGUAUACACUGACACCGAAAGUUGCUUGCUGCUUUUUCUGCUUUUCAUAUUUGUAUUGGUUUAUGACAGAGCUAUGUCUUCAGGGAACUUUCUGGGAACUCAGGAACUUGUAAUUUUCUUGUCUGGUCGUCUUCUGUUUCUGAUGCUGAAGAAAGGGUGGGAACACAUCCUUCUUCUUGCUGCCCCUGGCCACACCGAUGAGACUGUCAGUUCUGAGAUCUGCUGUCUUCUUUCUGUUUCUCUCACAAUGUGUUGAUGUUCCCUGAGACAGAGUUGAUGUAGAAAAUAGUAAAUGGCUUGUGCAUUGCAGUGUUUUGUCCAUUUCAGACUGGCAGCCAGCUAAAAGCAGUGUAGACUCACAGACUAUACUUUCAAAUUAAUUUGACCGAUGAAGUCUGCUUGUGCUUAGUAUGGACUGUUAGUGUGUGCAAGGAUGUGUUACACUAAUAAAACACAUGGAAUCUUAAAAAUCAUUAAGUUUGGAAAAGAUUUCCAAGAUUAUCUGGUCCAACACUCUUCCUACCACCAAUGUCACCCACUAAAUCCUGUCCCUAAGCACCACGUCCAACCUCUCCUUGAACACCCCCAGGGACAGUGACUCCACCACCUCCCUGGGCAACCCGUCCCAAUGCCUGACUGCUCUAAGCUGGAGCACUGCAGUCCUGAGUGCUUGUAGCUCUAGUCCUGUGCAAACUCUGCUUUUGUUUUUUCCAGCCAUGACCUCAAUACAAGCAAUAGGUGUAUGAAAUUCCUUAGUAAAUGCUGUGCAUGAUCAGUUAUUGUCUUUGAUCUGUGAGCCUCAAGAAAUUUGCAUACUGGCUAACAGUGUAAACUGGUGGAAGGAGUUUUUUUUGUGAUUACCAUUGAUCAUAAUAGGAGUCUUACUGAGACGCUAUGGAGGUGCUAACAUAGGUUAUAUGAAAAACAAACUUGCUGCAAAUAAAGGCUUUGCAUAUCCUGGCA